AUGCAUCAUGUGGCCUCCACUUCGCGGGGCCCCGCGCGGCCCCCCUCUGGGGCUCUCUCUGGCUGGGAGGACGACUCCCCUCAUCCAGGUGCUGAGCUGCUGGAGUACCUUGGCAAGGCCCACAAUCUUGACAGCGACGCUUCAACGCCCUGGCAGGCACCGUCAAAUACAAGUGACCCCUCACAUGCGCUGCUUGCGACACGAGUGGCGGUGGAAGGGAGCGCGAAUGCAACCGGGGACACAGCCCUAGCCCGCAAGUCUUCCCUCAAGUCCCAGAGCAGCGGAGGUAGCUACGCCGGACGAGCCGAAAACAAGAGCCGACUGGCCCGUGGGAGAGGCUCGCCGGCAAAUAGCACAUCACCGCUCCCGCCAGGCAACGGCGACCAGCAACCCGCUUUGCCGACAGCGGCAUCAACUCCGGCGAUGCCUGAAACGGCAGCGGCAGAGCUGAAGCAGAGGUCAGCGGUGCUGUUUACAGCACCGGCAACGCCGGAGGGAGAAGCUCGUCCAGAGGGUUCUCUACAGGCGUCGUGGUCUCCGGACCCAGAGGGUGGCGAGGGCGGCGGCGUGAGCGGUGCAGAAGCUGACAGGCUGCGCGGCUUGUUGUACAGUGACGACGAGGACGGCGGCGAUGACGACUAUCAGGACCUCAUGACGGCGGACGAUGACGCGCUUUUUGGCGGUGUUGAGCACAGCGGCGGUGGCGGAGCCGGCAAAGGGGGACGCAAGGGUGGCGGCCGCAACAGCCGAACUCUUGCACCGACGGGCGCGAGCUCCACGUCGGCGGCAUCCGGGGCCCCGCGUCUCAGCAGCUGCGGUGGCGAAUCAAUGCCGGAUCUCCACACCGCUGCCAGCAGUAGCGUCGUGACAACUGCUAGUGGCGACGGCAACGCCGAUAUGCCAGCUGGCCGCACCGGUGAAGCCGCUGUCACCGCCUCCCUAACAGCCGCGGGUAUUGUCUCCGAUCCGUCCGCCUCCCCUAUGGUCCUUGAUGACAUUCCGGGGCCAAGUAGCCCGCGAAAGGGCGCUGGCAGCGGUGACGCAAACGACCAUGACCCAAAUACCUCGCUGCCGCCGGGACAGGAGGGAUGCACAUCGCCGGUGUUCCCCUCAUGGGCUGCCAAGGGCGACGGUGCUUUGGGACUGCCGGGCCCCAGCUUUCGCGGUCCUGCAACGGAGGCGCUUGAGCGUGUGUUAUCCGGCCGCGUGUCAGGUUCAGGUACCCUGGGCCCAGGGCCCCUAGGAUCGGGCAUCCUCGGCACAGGCCCCUUGAGCUCCAGCCCACGGAUGUCACCGCCGCUGGAGGCAGCAGAUCACGAGCCGGUGGCAGCUGCCGCGGCCCUGCAGGGUCAGGGCCACAGCCAGGUCCUCGCGCCACAUCAUUUUCCGAAUGCCGGCAGCCAUCACCACCACUAUCAGCAACACCAUCAGCAGUACGUUUCCAUACCCACGCCACAAAUAGGGGAGGGCUUGCGGCAGCACCCCCCGCCGCCGCCGCGUCGGCUCUACCUACCUGGACAAAGCAACCGGUCUCCUGUUCGCGGCUCCGGCUACGUGGUGUCGCAUGCUUCGGUCCGGACUAACUCGCCUUCCAAGUCGCCCAGCCGCGGACUGCACUCCGCAGUGAAUCCACACCACACCGCGCUCCCGCAGGCAUCCGUCCCUCGCCGCCUGUCCUCCCCUUCAAUCACGCUGGGCAACCCUAGCUCCCACCGAUCGCGCUCCCCCCGGGAGUCUAACGCCUCGGCUGCCUCCACAGCCGGGGCAGCUUUCCACGCCGACGGCGACGAGUUCGCCAUCGCGCCCGGCGGCACUCUCGGCGGCCUUGGUAUCCCGGCCGGCAGUAGCGGCGCAGCCGGCAACGGCACGGGCCUGAGUGGCAGCGUGCUGAAGAUGGGCUCCUGGGUGACGGGAACUGCCGCCGGCAACGGCGGCGUUACCGGCAUGGCCAACGGCGGCAAUUUCCCGGGGGGUCAGGUGUACCGGUCCACGCCAAUCAGCCAGGUGUCGGGAAGCUCAUCAGAGGAAAUGAUGCGGAUGGAGGCGCUGGGCGGCGCCGGCGGCGGCGCGGGUGCAGGCCCUGUCAGUGGCGGCAGUGGCGGGCUGGGACAGGGCACACCGCGUGGUGGUGGCAGCCCUGGUCGACUAAGCGCGCGUCCUGUACGGCAGCCAAGGGCAGCGGUGGCAUCCUCGUCUGGCGGCCCCGCCGGAGCCGCAGGCGGCGCAUCCAGCUAUGCGCACGACCGCUUUGGGGGCAGCUUCUCCGCUCCCACGCGCCCCUCCACGUCGCCCCACAAGCCCCGCUCCAGCGGAACCGCCCGGUCUUCAGGGCUCGUCAGUGUCGGGACCCUGUCCAGCGCGGCGGCGACAUCCAUCUUUAGCAACGGUGCCGUGGCGGAGGCAGUCGACGCUGCUGCUGCUGCCGCCGCCGCCAUAGCGGCGGCCACGGCGCCGCCGUCACGCGGUAUCAUUGUCCCUGCACUACCUCCGUACCCCGCCGCGCACGGUAUUCGCCACUGUGGUUUCAAGCAGGCCGUGGCGUCACCUGUUAGCGGCGGUGCUGCCGGUGCAGGGUCAGUACUCUACGCCGGGAACGGGAGCGCCGCCGCGGCCGCUGUGGCAGCUGCCAACAGUACAGGCGCCAGCGGCGCCUUCGGCUCGACGUUCUCAAGCGGCCGCCCUCGGGCGGGCGCUGGAAUCGACGACCGCUUGAGGCCUCCGGCACUGAACAAGAUCUUAUCUGGGGUAGGCCUAGCAGCAGGACCUAACACCAGCCCGCAGGAGCACACGUCGCUCCUUUCACCAUACGUGCAACCGCUGUCGCCCCGGGGCGGCGCUGACGCUUUUGGCGGCGGCAGUGUGUCCGUCGCAGAUACGGCCACAGCAGGCGCCACAGCUGCCACGGCGGAGACUCCUUCCUCGCAUCCUCAGUCUCAGCCGCAACUGUACCCGCACCACCAGCAACAGCUGCAAGGGGGGGUUCAGCGCAAGGGUUCCUUGCCGCAUCUGCCACCCUCAUCGGAGUCGCAGCCUCCCUCGGGUCCGUCAUUGCAUGGUCUCUACGGAGCCGCUGGCGUGUUCCCGCAGCCGUACGCGGCUGCAGGCACCGCAUUGACAUUGUUCGGGCGCACCGCAGCCGGUAGGAAUGGUACGAUAUUCGAGCAGGGUCUUCCUUCCGUACAGGUAGCGCCGCCGGCAUCUGGGAUCCGCAGUCUCAGCUUUGACACGACGCGUCGCGCCACGCCGCGGGCUUGA